AUGCAGGUCUGGCGGAAACACUUCGACUGUCUCUUGAACAACCGUUCAGUGAUCGACUGGCCUACAUUGAACGGCCGGAAGCAGCAGGAUGUGAAGGCGGAUCUGGCAGAUACGUCGACACCGGAUGAGACGCAGAGAGCACUUGCUCAGCUGCGAAACGACAAAUGUGCCGGAGGUGACGUGAUCCCACCUGAAGUAUUGAAACACGGUGGACCCGCGUUGUUGACUGCUCUGCACCACUUGGUGCAACGCGUGUGGAUUGAGGAGGAGGUGCCUGCUGAGCUGAAGGAUGCCCUUGUGCUACCAGUGUACAAGGGCAAAGGGAGCAAGCAAUGUUGCACGAAUUAUCGUGGCAUCAACUUGCUGAGUUGUGUGGGCAAGGUACUUGCCCGAAUCCUGCUCAAUCGCCCCGUGAGUCAGAUUGUGGAACCAAAAGUGGCGGAAGAGCAAUGUGGAUUCCGUUCGGGUCGCAGCACUAUAGAUAUGGUGUUUGCGGCUCGUCAGUUGCAAGAGAAGUGCAGAGAAGGACACCAGCCAUUGUACUCGCUAUUUGUUGAUUUCACCAACGUAUUUGAUACGGUGAACCGCGAGGCACUGUGGCUGGUGUUGGGUAAGUUUGGUUGCCCGCGUAAGUUUGUAAGUUUCAUUGAAUGUCUGCACAGUGGUAUGCGAGCGAGGGUGCAGCUGAGUGGAGAGACCUCGGAUGACUUUGCGGUUGUCUCUGGUGUAAAGCAAGGCUGCGUGUUAGCUCCUGCCCUGUUUAAUAUCUAUCUUCAUGCAAUGUUGUCUUGUGCUUUUGAUGCGGCUUGUGCUUACGGUGUUCGUGUGGAGCACCGUAUUGAUGGUGGGUUGCUGAACAUCCGUCGUUUCGGUGCGAGAACUCUAGUCUGUGAGACAACUAUCCGUAUGUUGCUGUUUGCUGACGACUGUGCGUUGUUUUCACACAGCGCGGAUGAGUUGCAGAACAUGACUAGUGCUCUGGCUUCGACAGAGGACAAAUUUGGGCUCACCAUCAACACAAGCAAAACUGUCCGUCUCUUUCAGCCUUCACCGGAGGUGCAAUCUUCAAUAUUGCCGCAAAUCAGCAUUGGUGCUGAAGUAUUGGAAACCACCUCUCGUUUCUGCUACCUUGGGAGUGUGAUGUCGACUGAUCAGCAGCUACACGUUGAGUUGCGUAUUCGCGUGUCGAAGGCGGCAGUGGCAUUCGGGAAACUUGAGUACCGAGUGUGGAACAACCAUCAGCUUAGCAUUGGCACGAAGCUGAUGGUGUACAAAUCCAUGGUACUGUCCGUUCUUCUAUACGGCAGUGAAACGUGGACGAUGUACCGUCGGGAUGUGCGAUAUCUCGAGCGGUUCCAUCAGCAGUGUCUGCGACGAAUUUUGCGGAUCGGCUGGGGCGCCAGAGUUGCAGACACGGAAGUGUUGCGCCGAAGUGGGAUGUAUGCAGUGGACGGCAUACUUUUACUGCGACACCUGAGAUGGCUCGGUCAUGUGAGCCGUAUGGAUUCGACGCGAAUAGCGAAACAACGUUUAUACGGUCAGGUGAGUAUAGGGAAGCGGCAAGCUGGGAAAGCAAAGUUAUGUUACCAGGACAUGAUUAAAGUAAGCCUCACACGUUCUAAUCUUGAUUGCAGAUCACAGAAAUCGAAGGCGCUUGAUCGUGGUGCAUGGCGCGAUCUAAUCACGAAGGCAGUUGCUGAGGUGCGGGAGAAAGCUCUCAUGCAUGCAGAGAAGAAGCGGAAAGUGCGGAAGCGGCAAGCACCAAUGAAUUGUACUCCAUCGACGUCGAGCGCAUGGUGCUGUAGAACAUGCGGUCGCGAGUGCCUUAGUCAGGCAGGCCUAGUGAGCCAUGAGAGAGGUCACUCGGGACCACUGCCGAAGCGCCGACGGGUCCCGCAGUGA